AGCGACCCUAUCCCGGCCAGACUUGGUCCGGAGGUCAGUCGGAAGCCGCCGGCAAGUGGCAAGAAAGGACCCAGGUGUCGGGACAGAGGGAGUCGCUCAAAAGUAGGGCCCAGAGCAGCAGAGUAUGGGCACCGAGAAUAAAGGCCCUGAGCCAGAGUGCCAGAAACAAUUCCAGGCUGCCGUCAGCGUCAUUCAGAACCUACCCAAGAAUGGCUCUUACCGCCCCUCCUAUGAAGAGAUGCUGCGAUUCUACAGCUACUACAAGCAGGCAACCAUGGGGCCCUGCCUGGUCCCUCGGCCUGGGUUCUGGGACCCCAUUGGACGCUAUAAGUGGGACGCCUGGAACAGUCUGGGCAAGAUGAGCAGGGAGGAGGCCAUGGCCGCCUACAUCGCAGAGAUGAAGGUGGUGGCACAGAAGGUGAUCGACACAGUACCCCUGGGCGAAGUGGCAGAGGACAUGUUUGAUUACUUUGAACCCCUGUAUCAGGUGAUCCCUGACAUGCCGAGGCCCCCGGAAACCUUCCUGAGAAGGGUCACAGGUUGGAAAGAACAGACACUGAACAGAGAUGUUGGGGCUGUCUCGGAGCCUUCCUGCCUCCCCAAGGAACCAGCCCCCCCAAACCCAGAGUUCCAGCUGCCCAGGGACUUGGACUCUGAAGUUUUCUGUGAUUCCCUAGAGCAGCUGGAGCCUGAGCUGGUGAGACACCCCCCAUUCCCUCCACUUCCUCACCCCAGUUCCCCAGUUGUGGCCUGGCUGCUCCCACCCCCACCCUCCAACUGCUUGCCAUUUACACCUUGUGCCUCAUCUCAGCAGGUUUUGGCAGAGCAGAGGGGAGCUCCUGGAGGAGAGCCUGACAUCAGAAACAGCCCCAUGCCCCCUAGAGUGAAAGAGGGACUCGGGGACAGCCUGCUUCCGGGUCCCCAGGAAUUGGACAUGUGGUUGGUGGGGACAGUUCGGGCGCUGCAGGAGAACAUGAGGGAUGUCCAGGGGAGACUGCAGAGCCUGGAAAGCAUGCCUUGCCCCGCCAAGCAGAGGACCCCACCUGGGGCCCGGCCUUGGCCCCUCAGGCUCUCCGCUCCCAUGAUGCUCUUCUUCCUUCUGUGGCCCUUCGUUGUCCAGUGGCUCUUCAGACAGUUUCGGACCCAAAAGAGAUGACUUUCAGUGGACAAAUCUCUGCAGCCAACUCAGGAGGCUACGUGCCACCUGUCCUACUGUGCCCUGAGCCUUUCUAGGGUUGGGAGAAGAGCAGCAUUAAAAAAAAAAACACAUCAGUCUUUGCCUUGGCCACCCCUCCCUUAAUGAGGGGGCCGGCUAAGAUCCCACCCUUCCCUGCCGCUUCACACGGACGCUUGCUUCUCCUGGAACCACUCCCGCCUGCCCUAGAAGGCUGCAGCUGUGGUGCCCUGCCGGGCUCUGGGCUGGCCCGUGACGCGAGGCGGUGCCCACCCCACCCUCUGGGUCACCUGACUCCCCUCCCACCUCAGCCUCUCCCUGCAGAGGCUCCGCUCUGGGGCAAGUUGGGACUUGGGCCUGGAAGAAGGAUUGGCUGGGAGGCUGCGGGAGGGAGGCCGCGAGGCCCGGACGAGCUGGGGGAAGGGGUCUGAGCCGGCCCCGGGGGAGGGGAGCGAGCGCUGCUUUUGCGGGGCCUCCCCCACCCCCACACACUCAGGACGUCUUCACUGAAGAGUUACAAAGAAUGUUUCACUAAAUAAAACACAACCGUAAUCUUU